AUGUAUCAACUGUUUUCUCUUUUUACAGAUACAAUUGGUCUAAAGGAUGUCGCAGUGACAAUACCCCAAGCGGCCACCGUUGGGGACACCGUAACGUUACAAUGCCGCUACAAUUUGGAAGGUGAACCAUUAUACACAGUGAAGUGGUAUAAGGGACAAAGUGAAUUUUAUCGAUUUUUACCUAAAGAACUUCCUGAUACACAAGUGUUUCCUCUUCCUGGGAUUGAUGUCGACCUUAGCAAGUCUACUCCUCACGAAGUCGUCCUGAGGAAUGUACAGCCAGAGGUUUCAGGUCGAUACAGAUGCGAGGUGUCUACCGAUUCCCCAAAUUUUUUUACGAAUAUAGAGACUGGAUACAUGUACGUUAUAAAUAUUCCUAAAGGAGAGCCUCAAAUGAAAAUAGAAAAGGAUUCAUACGAAAUUGGAUAUACGUUAAGAGGCAACUGUACGUCGCCGCCCGCAUAUCCGGCUGUAAAUUUAACAUGGUACAUAAAUAAAAAGAAAGUAAACGAGAGUUCUUUAUUUUAUAUUUCGGAUCCAUCUGCCGCAGUGGAAGGACGACGUGCGCCGAAGAUAACAGUUUCGGGACUGGAACUCGACAUCGACGGUAAUACGUUUCAAGGUGGAAAAGCUCGCCUACAGUGCGUUGCUAGUUUAUUUCAUCUAUACAAUUCAGAGGCGGAGAUUGUUCUAGAAGAGGAACGACCACGUCCCCGACCUUCGUCGGUAUUAGGAACGCGUGAUGCUACAUCAGGUUCCUCGUCGCUUCUGCGGUGUCUUAUUGUAAAUAGUGCUGUGUUAUUGCGAGUGAUGUUUCGGUAACAAUCGCACUUGUAAAUAAAGUGCGAGUUUUUACAAUCAUAUUGAAGAGCUUAACUAAACAAAUUGUACAUAAUUGUAAUUUCUGACAGAUAAAAUGUAAGUAAUAUGUUCUAAAAAAUUUACAGACGUUAGUGUUAUUUGCGAAUAUAUAAAUAUAUAAAACAAUAUGUGAUAAUUGCUGACGGCCAAUCAGCGAACUAAUUAUGUGCAUUAAAAUUAAGUGUAGAACUCUAAAACUAAUUGCAGUAGUUUCAAAACGUGCAUGUAAUAUAGAAAGUUGUCGGACGUUUCAGUUUGUAAAUGAUGUGAUUAAUUAUGUAUAUAUUGAAGUAAACCAACUAAUAAAAUUAAAUGUUAAAAUAUGUCAUUUUAUGGAAUAAAAUUAGUAUAGCAUAGUUACGAUAUUACGCAAGAAUUCAAUCUAUCUUGACUAGCAAAUCAUGAAACAAUCAAAGAAGGAACACGGCGAUUUUUCAAACAAAGAGAACUAUAGUUGAUGACCGUGUUUUAAGAAAACUGCAUAAUUAAUCAAAAAUAACAUUUGUUGUAGACUGAUGUAAAACAUAUUUGUUACCUAUUGUAAACCCAAACUGAAAUAAAAACU